AUGCACGAUGACGUGCAUUUGGCGUCUUUAUUAUUUGUUUAUGGCUUGCUACUAGGCAACUGCGGAUACCAAACCGAUAGAAAGAUCUAUGAUCAAAGCGAAAUCGCAGCUAGCUUGGGAUCCUCGCGUAAUGCGCGCUGCGCGCGCGACAAAAUUAAACACUCGCUCCGCGAGAAUUAUUAUUUAAUCUACUAUUUCCCUGCUUCAUCGUAUGUAGCAGAGAUCACUCAUCCAUUUGCAAUGGCAGAUCAAGGCAGCUAAAGAAUGUCUACAGAUAUAUCUGUCGCCCCUUUUCAUGUUAUUGCUUAACCUCUGUCUGUAUGUCUACCAGUGUGUGAAAGCCAGUAACCAAUCUUCAAUUACUCGUAUGUAGACAAUUAUCGCCACAGUGGGGCUGGUGCUGGGGAUCUUACAGGACGUGAAAAUGACCCACUUUGAGCCUGUUUAUGUACAGUAGAUAAACCUUUACGAAACAUUAAAUUACAAGAAAUGUUAAAAUUAACUGAGAUAUUCAAUGAUUUUCGAACUUUUUAAAAGUUAAAUCAUUAUCAUGAUUUUUUUAUAUAUCAGAAUGUCAGAAUUAUGCAAGUCUAAACAGCGGUAACAGAAAGAUUACGUACCCUUACAACCACCAUUAUUGUGACAAUGGAAUCGGACCUGGUUGGUUUCGUUUUGUGGGGUCCGCUGGUACAAGAAUGCCAACUUCAUGUCCACCUACAGGCAGAUGUGGCACAAGUGCACCCGGAUGGUUGAAUGGUGGACACCCUACAGUAGCAGACGGUCAGGUCAGCAGGCAGGUGUGUUUUCACUGGAAUGGUAACUGCUGUCUCUGGUCAACAAACAUCAAGGUGAGAAAUUGUGGUUCAUAUUAUGUGUACUAUCUUAGUGGUACACCUUCUGGUUGCCACCUCCGUUAUUGUGGCACUAACUGA